AUGACGAAGAAGAGGAGGAACAACGGUCGUUCCAAGCACGGGCGCGGCCACGUGCGGCGCGUACGGUGCGAGCAGUCCGGCGUUCUGGUGCCUAAGGACAAGGCCAUCAAGCGCUUCAUCGUGAGGAACAUCGUGGACGCGUCGGCGAUCAGAGACAUCCAGGAGGCGUGCGUCUAUGACGGGUACACUUUGCCGAAGAUCUACAGGAAGGUGUACUACUGUGUGUCGGCUGCGAUCCACUCCAAAGUCGUGCGGGUGCGCAGCAUCAGGGACCGACGAAUAAGGGAACCUCCUAGGAGGUUUGGCUUUGGGGGAAGGAAGUGA